CAGACGCUGCAAAUGGUGUAGAAGUUCCAGUAGAUCCUGUAGAUCCUACAGAUCAUGUAGAUUUUGGUUGAAGUUGAAAUUGUAGCUGAAUUUGAAGAGUUACCAAAUGUUGUGGAUUCUGAGGUUUUCUGAAGAUUCUGUAGCUUUGUAAAUUUUGUGGUUUUAGUCGAUUCUGAAGAGCUCAGUGGAUGCUGUUAGUUCUGUUGGCUCUGCACAUUGCUGCGUUUCAAAGUUUUCGCAAACUCUACAAAUCUUGUAGUAACCCUAGAUCCAGUGGACCCUGCAUUUUGCGGAUGCUGUAAAAUGAUUCUGUAAAGCUCCCGCAAAUUUUACAAAGUUUAUAAAUCUCGCCGAUUCUUUAGAGCAUGUGAACUCAAAAGUCCUCCGUACAUUUAUUUGUUGCUUCGUGAAUUUCUUCAUUCUUCUGAUUCUGAUGGUUCCUCCAGGCGCUGCAAAUCAAAUUGUAGGUUUCCACAGGGUCUCAAAAAUCUUGUCGAACCUUGAAACCCUGUGGAUUCUGAAAACUUCUAAGGAUUCUGUAUUUUUUGUAAAAUUAUUUAAGUAUUCUGUAAACACUGUAGUUUCUGUAGGUUCUGUACGUUAGGUAGAGGCUGUUGAUUCUGUUGACCCUGUGCAUUCUUGCAUUCUUUUAAUUUUGAAGGUCCUGCAAAUCGUAUAUAGGUUUGUAGGCCUGAAUUCUGACGAUUUUGCUGACUAUUGAUUCUAUAGAUACUGUGGGUUAAAUCCACAAAGUUUGUCUACUCUUUUGAGCAACUAGCUUCUGAUUUUAUACUGCUGUGUCAAUGCCAUACAAAAGAACAAAAUGCUGCAGAAUUUAAGGCCACAACAGGUAAAUUUUAAAACAAAAUGUAGUUACUCUGUUUUCAAAAACACUUUUAAGAUUUUUAUUAUGCAAAUAACCACUCGGCUGGUCGAAAAAACUCAGAGUUUACUGGGUUUAUAAACACACGCGACAAAGAAGAUCGUCGAGCUAUCUCGAUGGGACCAACUUGUACGGGGCGAACGAUGAUCGAUAAUUUCUCUUCGACUUGUACCGUUGAUUGGCUAAUCGCCUUUUGUUUUUUUAGUGAGAAGCUCGACAUCGAAAAGAAUUCGACCGGUCCCGGCGGCAUACCGGCGGAUGCGAUAUACACGACAACGCCUAGGGGCGGACGGGGCCAUAACAGUCCGGAAGCGAUGAAGCCUACAACACACACAUUCAAAGGUAGAAGUAGUUUAGAAGAUCAUCCGAGGGAGGACGGUAUCUACUCGGGCCUAAACUCGAGGUCCCAAACGGUACCAAAAAACUACUUCGAAUCUGACGAUAUCGAACACUUUCGACAUGGUGACGGAAAAUAUCAUAGCUAUCACAAAUAUCAUUCAAUUCGAAAACCGACCGAUAUUGAUGACGGGGGGAACAACGUGCCAGAUUUUAGCACAAUGGCGGCCAGAACUUACAGGUCGUCGCUGCCGACUGAUAGUAGAUACGAUCGCCGAUCGUCUUUGCAGAACAGUAAAAAGUAUUGUAAAAAUAAACCGAGACCGAAACCCUUACAGGUUGGCGAGCACGAACAGUACUAUAAUCACAUUUUUCCGACUAAUCCAAAAGUUGCCAAUAGAAAUUCACGUAGUACCGACCUGUACUUCCAGCCUAGCACCUUAGAACGUGCCGAACUGUAAAUACUCACUCAGUUUACGUUCCCCUACCCCCUUCUUAAAAUACAGAUGUGUAUAUAUUACUGUUAUUUUGACGUCUUAAUCGGCCGAAACUUUAAGUACUUAACCAAUUUAUUAAUAAUCAGCGGUGGGGGUCUCGAACGUGACCCCUUUUUUUGUAGCGCUCAAGCCACCCCCGCCGCUGUUUUAUACCAAAUAUUAGCGUCUAGCUUAUAGAUUAUACAUUAUAAAAGAUGAACGAUAGUAAAUCUAUUAGAAUAUUAUUAAUUAAAUAAUUUAUAAUUGAAUGUGAUGUUACAAUAAGAAAAAAUCAAAUGUACUUUAAAUUCAUUACGUGCUUUAAAUGUAAAGAGGAAAAGGACUUUUUAUGUAAUGUUACUCAAAAUACUAUCAUUAUUAUUACUAUUAUUAUUAAUCGUUUCUUUAUGAUAUGAAAAUGCGACUAUUUAAUGUUUGUGACGAAGACGAAUUAAUAAUUAUUAACGACGUUUGUUUUUUGGAAUAU